GAAAGGAUCCAUUGUGUGAACUUCACCAGGAAUGUUUGCGCAUCAAACAACCAUUGUUCUUCCUCAGAGCGAUCACGCUGCCAAGAUUGACUUGUACUUUACUGUUUGUUCCCGAGCUGCUGAGAGCAAACGCAUAUUCCUCUUAUCAGCGCUACACUACAGACAGAUUGAGGACAUCCAUUAAUUCAGGUCGACAUGCCUAUGUGGACCAUCAAUGAUUACCAGAACUUUGUAUUAUUCUGCCUCUCUGUACCUUGACCUAAGCUCAGGUAUUUAAAGGGAAUUCACAGUGGUGUGCUCGCAGACCUCAGGUAAACUUUUCCAGUCAUCACCACUUCUGCAUGUCCCUGGUCAGAGGUUGGCUUAGCUGUGGCCAUGACUGAGGAGGUAAAUUCAGUUGAGAUGAAGAAGACAGGGGUGGAGAACAAUGGUUUUGUUGUUGAUCAAGCGAAUGAUGAACCUGCCACACUGGAAAGCAGAAAAAAUAGCCUUAUCGAAGACCAAAUGUACACACUUAAAUUGGAUUCUACCGAAGACCAGAUCCCUCUGAAGCCGUACGCUGGGAUGCCAAAAAAUGUUCUACUCCAUUUUUCUAAUCAGCCAUGCUAUAGAAUUACCCGAGAGAUCCUCUUUUGGCUCAUCAUCGUAGCAACACUGGCCAUAAUAGCGGCCACCAUCACAAUUAUUGCCCUCUCUCCCAAGUGUCUUGACUGGUGGCAGAGAAGUCCGAUUUAUCAAGUCUACCCAAAGUCCUUCCGAGACAGUGACAGUGAUGGCUCUGGUGAUCUUAAGGGAGUACAAGAAAAGAUAGACCACUUUGUGUAUUUGGAUGUGAGCACCGUAUGGGUUGCUCCCUUUUACACAUCCACUCUGAAAGACUACCGAUACGCAGUUGAAGACUUCAGAUCUGUUGACCCUAGUUUCGGGACCAUGAGUGAUUUCGAGAACCUACUUGCUGGUCUCCAUGACAAAGGUAUAAAACUUAUCAUUGAUCUAAUCCCAAAUCACACCAGCAACAAACACAAGUGGUUCGAGUUAAGCAGAAAUCGAACCGAUAAAUAUACUGACUACUAUAUUUGGCAUGACUGCGAAUAUAAUGGAAGCUAUGUUACUACCCCACCCAAUAACUGGGUGAGUGUAUAUGGAGACUCUGCUUGGGAAUAUGACGGUGAAAGGAGGCAAUGCUAUCUUCACCAGUUCCGUAAAGAGCAACCCGACUUAAAUUUCCACAAUCCUGAUGUACAAGAUGAAAUAUUGGAUAUUAUAAAAUUCUGGCUGGGCAAAGGUGUUGAUGGCUUUACAGUCGAUGCGGCUAAGUUCCUCCUGGAAGCAGAACACCUGCGAGAUGAACCUCAGGUCAACAAACUACAAGAUCCGGCCACAAUUAAAUCCUAUGGAGAACUAUAUCACGACUACACAACCACACAGGUUGGUAUGCACGACAUCCUGCGGGAUUUCCGCCAGGCCAUGAACUCCUUCAGCAGAGAACCAGGACGUUACAGGUUCAUGGGCACCGAGGCCAAUGAUCAGAAUACAAUAGCAAAAACAAUGAUGUAUUAUGGCAACUCCUUCAUCCAGGAAGCAGACUUUCCACUCAACUUCUAUCUGUUUGACCUGAACAAAGAAAUCUCAGGAAAUUCUGUAUUUGACAAAGUGGAUCUUUGGAUGAAAUCAAUGCCCAAAGGAAAAUGGCCUCACUGGAUGGUAGGAAGCCCCAGCAAUUCUCGCAUUGCUUCUCGGGUGGGAUCAGACUAUGUGAAGGUCAUUAAUAUGCUUCUGCUGACUCUUCCCGGCACCCCUACCACUUAUUAUGGUGAAGAAUUAGGAAUGCAAGACAAUCCUAUGCUAAAUAUCACCGCAGACCCAUCUGGUCAAUAUAAUCCAGCAGAAUAUCCAGAGAAGACACCAAUGCAGUGGGAUACAAGCUCAAAUGCUGGGUUCAGUGGUGCCAACACAACAUGGCUGCCAACUAACCAGGACUAUCAAGAAGUAAAUGUUGAAGUUCAAAAGACGCAGCCAAAUUCAACACUAAACUUGUAUCGGGAUAUAAUCCAGUUACGAAAGGAAGAGUUGCCCAUCCACAGGGGUUGGUUGUGUUACGCCUGGAAUGACGCCAAUAUUUUUGCCUACGUGAGAGAAGUUGACGGGAUGAACAAAGUAUUCAUGAUGGUGCUUAAUUUUGGUGUGAGGGUAUCUGUGAAUAUCAAAGUCCUUAUCCCAGACCUUCCAGAGCAGGCAAAAAUCAGAUUAAGUACAAUAUCCGCGAACAAUGGAAAGACUGUCAAUAUCGAUAACAUUAGCACAGAGCGUGGAGAGGGGUUAAUACUGGAGUAUAAAACCAACAAACCACUGCACAACAUGGAGGCCUUCAAGGACAAGUGUUUCAUUUCAGAAAAAGCCUGUUAUUCCAGCGCCUUUAAUUUACUAUACAAGAAUUGCUAAAACUGCUGUAAGGCGCUAAAGGUAUGUGCACUCAUUAUUUGUGGCCUACUUUACAUAUGAUAGGACACAAAUAUGGUGUGAACACAUUCUUAGUGCCAUGUAAAUACAAGUAUUCAUACACAUCUGUCAUGCAAGAAAAAAAAUACAAAUAAAAAUAGUUCACAGUUGGGAAAUUUAUAU